UUCGUGAUUUCUGAAAUAUUGUAAGUAGCUUAUUGAGCGUUUAUGAGAUGAAAAGACAUUGGGCACUGUUCGGGAAAUGUAUUGUGUUUCAUUGUAAAUGGUUUUGAAUAUGUCAAUUUAACGCCUUAAUAUUGCCCUUGGUGGCUAGCAUUGGUCAACUAGCUAACGUUAGCAAGCUUCUUCAACGUCUGCGAGACUGGAGCUUGCUGCUGAUGACAAGAAAGGGCACCCUGGCCUGACACAACAAUCCGACUGUCUAGGGACUUCAAUUUGAAUUUGUUGCAACCAUGAAGUUCACGCAAUUUUUGCUAAGGAACAGCUCCUUACCCAAACAAGCACUAGUGGAUCGGUUUUCCAAGUUCUCACCUUCGCCGCUGUCAAUGAAACAAUUCAUAGACUUUGGCUCGGCCAAUGCCUGUGAGAAGACGUCCUUUGUGUUCCUUCGUCAGGAGCUUCCUGUCCGGCUGGCCAACAUCAUGAAGGAGAUUGACUUCCUCCCUGACAAGCUUCUCAGCACCCCCUCACUACAGUUACUACAGAGCUGGUAUGCAACAAGUCUGAUGGAGCUAGUGGGCUUCCUGGAGAAAGAGCCCGAUGAUAAAAAGAUCCUGAAGAAGUUCACUGAGACGCUGGUGAACAUCAGGAACCGCCACAACAACGUGGUUCCCACCAUGGCACAGGGAGUGGUGGAGUACAAGGAUGCCUUUGGCUCCGACCCUGUGACCAAUCAGAACGUCCAGUACUUCUUGGAUCGCUUCUACAUGAGCCGCAUCUCCACACGCAUGAUCAUGAACCAGCACUCUCUCAUCUUUGAUGGAAGCGCCAACCCCGCCCAUCCCAAGCACAUUGGCACCAUCGACCCUGACUGCGAUGUGACGGAGGUGGUAAAAGAUGCCUUUGAUAGCUCCAAGAUGCUCUGUGAACAGUACUACCUGACCUCGCCAGAGAUUGACAUCACACAAGUCAACGCCAAAGGUCCUGACCAGCCUCUUCGUAUUGUCUAUGUUCCUUCCCAUCUCUACCACAUGCUGUUUGAGCUCUUCAAGAACGCCAUGAGAGCAACAGUGGAGACUCAUGAAAUGGCCCUGCAUCUCCCACCGGUCAAAGUCCGAGUCUCACUGGGCAGUGAGGACCUAACAAUCAAGAUAUCAGAUCGAGGAGGCGGAGUUCCCCUGAGGAAGAUAGAGCGUUUGUUCAGUUACAUGUACUCCACUGCCCCCAGCCCCGUCGAUAUUGACAACAGCCGCAAUGCACCACUGGCUGGUUUUGGCUACGGUCUUCCCAUCUCCCGUCUCUAUGCCAAGUACUUCCAGGGAGACCUGCAGCUCUACUCCAUGGAGGGAUAUGGGACGUCAGCUGUCAUCUACCUGAAGGCCUUGUCCUCAGAGUCUGUGGAAAGACUUCCUGUUUACAACCAGUCAGCCAUAAGGCGUUACCAGACGAGCAAUGAGGCAGAUGACUGGUGCAUGCCCAGCAAGGAUCCCAAGAAGCUGGGAUGAGAGGACAAGUUAACCAAACAGACAGAGAGAGAGAGAGAGAGCUCAGAUAAUAUGAAGAACGGAGGAGCAGGAGGAAAGAAAGAAGAGGAUGACUGAAAGGAGGAAUGGAAUGAUUCAUAAUCAGAAACUAACAGAAGGUACCCAAUUGUACCGUGUGUGUGUGUAAUAUCUGGAUUCUUCGCAAUGGAGAUUCUCAUCCAGCACUUGAAGUGGAAAAACACAUUCAUGUUGGAGGCGUUUCAAUGGCAAUACCAGGAUCUCUAUUCAAUACCAGGAUCUCUGUUCAAUACCAGGAUCUCUAUUCAAAACCAGGAUCUCUAUUCAAUACCAGGAUCUCUAUUCAAUACCAGGAUCUCUAUUCAAUACCAGGAUCUCUAUUCAAUACCAGGAUCUCUAUUCAAUACCAGGAUCUCUAUUCAAAACCAGGAUCUCUAUUCAAUACCAGGAUCUCUAUUCAAAACCAGGAUCUCUAUUCAAUACCAGGAUCUCUAUUCAAUACCAGGAUCUCUAUUCAAAACCAGGAUCUCUAUUCAAUACCAGGAUCUCUAUUCAAUACCAGGAUCUCUAUUCAAUACCAGGUUCUCUAUUCAAUACCAGGAUCUCUAUUCAAUACCAGGAUCUCUAUUCAAUACCAGGAUCUCUAUUCAAUACCAGGUUCUCUAUUCAAUACCAGGAUCUCUAUUCAAUACCAGGAUCUCUAUUCAAUACCAGGAUCUCUAUUCAAUACCAGGAUCUCUAUUCAAUACCAGGAUCUCUAUUCAAUACCAGGAUCUCUAUUCAAAACCAGGAUCUCUAUUCAAUACCAGGAUCUCUAUUCAAUACCAGGAUCUCUAUUCAAUACCAGGAUCUCUAUUCAAUACCAGGAUCUCUAUUCAAUAAGUGACUUUGUGAAUGUUACAGUCAGAAACAGGACCAUAAACUACUCACAAUCACAUCUCACCUUUUGGUUUCAUUUAGCCACACGUUUCAGGUGUUCAUUUCACUCACUUAUUUUAACAUUAUGACACCGAAGCAGUGUAAAAAACUAGCAUUUUGCUUAAAAGGUGCAUUUUAGUUUGUAACUGAUCAUUUAAUUUAUUAAACGCCUGAAUUUGGUUAUACAGUGAAAUAAUCCGCACUAUCACAGUAGUACUGUCUGUGAUACUACGUUUUAGAUUGUGUAUCUAGUUUUCUCUAAACUCUUCACUCACAGCUACAGUAUGCAGCUAGGACACUGAGCUCCAUGGACGCAGAUAGAUAUAGUGUGUCAGUCAGAAACAUGUCAAGGCCAUGCUGUCAGUCGAUGGGUUUUCUCUGGUUACCCUUCUACUACAGGAUGUUCUAUGGGUACAUAGUGGUCAACAAAUGUUAUUUUCAGCAUACUAUGUAGACUCCAUAUAGUUUCAACUCUGAGCAUUUCAACUUUUUGUUUUUUACUGCUUACAAAUAUUUGUCAAUCUCGGAAGUUUAAACAGACGUUUAUCUCCAAUGUUUUUUGGGACCUAAAGGGAAUUUAGUAGAAUCAACUGUAAAUCUUGGUGACUCAUUUUUUUUGUUCCACCCUCACUUGUUGAAUAAGACGAGCUCAAACAAAGGUCAUUCAUUCAAGGUUUCCUAUGAAGACAGAAAAUAGAUAUUGAAGACAUUGAGGUAUCUAGUACAUUUACUCUAAACAAAGUCCAACUGAGUUUAAGUAUAAGUUAUGUGAAUAUUGAGAUACAUUUUCUAUCAUACUGUUAUGAUAAUUUUAAAUGACUAAAACGAUUGCAUUUUAGAGGCCGGCUAGGUCUUUUAUACAUGAAGUAUUUAUUGAAUAACGUUGUGUGCCAGAGAGCAAAAAAUGGGAGUAUUAUCACAUUUCUGUGAUUAGGGACACGGUAAGACUGCGUUGAAUCAAAUGUUUGACUGGUGCCCAGUGUGAGUAUUCUCUGAUGUGUCAACUGGGGCAGUCAUUACAAAAUGAAUUUAUUUCAUUUCCUGGUAUACACUAAAUAGUCACUAUUAUUACACUCCUUAGCAAUAAGAAAUCACAUAAAAGACUAUGUACACUUACUAACAUUUAAUCCAAUAACAGCUAAGUAUUUGUAACUAGUCAAUAUUUGUAUGUGCAUUGAAACAAAACAAAAAUUGUUUGAGACUAACACUGAAGUGCCAACUUUUAUUUCUCUCUUUCUGGUUUUUAACAUGUAUGGUUUUAAAUCACACGAUCUCAGGAUGUUGAAGGCAUUUCAUAUUUUUCAAAGUAUCAUCGUAAGUGCUGUGACGUCAUAUUAAACCGACCUGGGAGGAGCUAUCUAUCAAUGGAAGUUGCUGAUUGGACCUCACACUGUGGGCAGAGUCCUAAUUUGAGAUUAUUGCACAUCAUUUAUUAUUGUUGCCGUUAAUAGAUGAUUUACCAAUAUACAUUAUUUGGGUUAUGGGCAGCCAUCUAAUGUCAGGAUUUCAGUCUAAUUGAAUUCUAACUGAAUAACAAUAGUGGUUAUCUGCUUAUUUUAAGCAUCUUUAGGUUGUUCAAUAAAAUGCAGCUCUUUAUGUAGUUCUCACUCUGCCGUUUGCCCCUCUGCCAGUGCCAAACAAAAACAGUGUCUUCAGAAAGUAAUCAUAACCCUUGACGUAUUCCACAUUU